GAUAUAUUUUUCGAAAUCUUAUCUGGUUACAGUUAGAUUAAUCCCAGUGAAAGUAAAACUCUUAAAACUAAUAAUUUGAACUUAAAUAAACACGUACUUGUCCAGUUGAUAAAUCGUUUGAGAUCUUAGGGUUUAUCUAAAACACACAGAAAGUAAAAACCAAAACCAAAACCAAAACCAUGGCACUGAAAGUGGGUCUCUGUAUCCUCAUCAUUGUAUGCAUUACCACUGGAUUUUGCGAUGCCGGCAAAACCAGCUCUUACACACGAUCAUCGGAUACAUCAUCGGACAUGCCUGCCGAUGCUUUCCCGUCUCCGAAGGGCUCCAACGCCCCAGAGCAAGUCCAUAUCACACAGGGUGACCGAGGUGGCCGAGGGAUGAUUAUAUCAUGGGUGACACCUAACCAACGCCAUCCUAACGUUGUUAGGUACUGGAAAGCUAAUGAUCCUAGUGAUGUUUACAAAGCUCAUUCUCAAAUCUUCAGCUAUCGUUAUUACGACUACACUUCUGGCUACAUUCAUCAUGCUACUAUCAAGAAACUAGAGUAUGAUACCAACUACUUGUAUGAACUUGGGAGCGGUGACGCAGUUCGUCAAUUUUCCUUCUCCACUCCUCCAAGACCUGGACCUGAUGUCCCUUACACAUUCGGUAUCAUGGGUGAUUUGGGACAAACAUAUGCAUCAAAUUCAACAUUAGGGCAUUAUAUGUCAAAUCCUAAAGGUGAAGCAGUGCUAUUUGUGGGUGAUCUAUCCUACGCUGAUAAUUUUCCUAACCAUGACCAAAGGAAAUGGGAUACUUGGGGUCGAUUUGUGGAGAAAAGCACAGCUUAUCAACCUUGGAUUUGGACCGCUGGAAAUCAUGAUCUUGAUUUUGCUCCUGAAAUUGGUGAAUAUAUGCCGUUUAAGCCAUAUUUGCAUCGAAUUCAUGUCCCUUAUAGGCAAAGUGGUAGCACAUCUCCUCUUUGGUACUCUAUCAAGAGAGGACCCGCUUAUAUCAUUGUCCUUUCUUCUUUCUCCGCCUUUACAAAAUAUACUCCGCAAAACGAUUGGCUGGAAGCAGAAUUUAAGAAAGUGGAUAGGCAUGAGACUCCAUGGCUAAUAGUGAUGACGCAUGCUCCAUUGUAUAAUUCAGACAAUUAUCAUUACAUGGAAGGAGAAAGUAUGAGAGUCUUAUUUGAACCUUGGUUUGUUAAGUAUAAAGUUGACCUUGUUUUAUCUGGUCAUGUUCAUGCCUACGAGCGCUCCGAACGAAUAUCGAAUAUCCGGUACAACAUUACUAAUGGACUUUGUACUCCGAUAAAAGAUCAAUCUGCACCUGUCUACCUAACCGUUGGGGAUGGUGGAAACAUUGAAGGACUUGCUAACGAUUUUAGUGAUCCACAACCUUUCUAUUCUGCUUAUCGGGAAGCUAGUUUUGGGCAUGGAUUGUUGGAGAUAAACAACCGAACUCACGCUUAUUAUACAUGGCAUCGUAACCAAGAUGAUGAAGCUGUUGUAGCUGAUUCUACCUGGUUUUACAACAGAUUUUGGUACCCCAAGGAUGAAACUGCCUCAUUUUAAUCUUAUUCUUGUGCUUCUUUUAGCUCAUUUCAGAGGAUUGUUUUUGUUUUUGUUUUUACAAUAUUCCUUUCACUUUUGCUUAGAUAACAUCUUUUCAUUUUAAGGAUAAUGAUGUAGACUAGAUUUUAUUUAAGCCAGGGAUAGUUGAUAUCCCAAGUAUUGGUUUAAUGUUUGGUUGUUUAAACUUAAUUUUCCUUAAUUGUUAUGCUUAUUGAUAGAGUUGGUUUUA